UGUGUAUACUAAUACUUCAAUCUUCAUCGCAUUUUGUGACUUGUGUUGUUCCUUGUUUUCGAAUUUAUUUAAAUCAACGCUUGAUGAUAAAUAAUCUGACCAUAUAAAAACUGUGUAUUUGUUUAUUUGAGGAAUUAAAUCUAAAUUGCAUAUAUAUAGAACAACAAGCAUAUCGGGAGGUGCGUCUUGAAAUCAUCUUUAUUGAUUUAUUGUUGGAUCCAUCGCAAUGGAUAAUUUAAAUUUAAAACAUAUGAACGCAAUGCCAGGCGAAGAUAAUAAUUGGCGAACUCAGGCUUCGCGGCAAGGAAUUGUUGCUAAAAUUGAGGAAGUAAUACAGAAAUCAGGCAUGCAGGUAGCACGAAACAGCAGUGAGAUGGAGAACCAUGUUUUUAUGAAAGCGAAAACCAGAGAGGAAUAUAUGAAUAUGAUUGCUAAACUUAUUCUACAUGUUAGGGAGAUGUCUCAACCAAAGCAAAACCCCAAUGCACCUAGCAUGCAAGGUCCAAACCAAAAUCAACCAAAUAACCAGGUUCAAAAUCAGCCUGGACCACCACCACAAGGUUCUAACAGUCAACCAGGUAUGGCCACAGACCCCAUAAAUGCUUUACAAAAUAUGGCUUCACAAGGCACAAGAAAUCAAAUGAUGAACAUGGGUCAAGGUCAAAUGCAACAGCAGGGUGUCAUGGGCCCUAAUCAAGGGAUGGCUAUGCAAAGUCAAAUGGGACCACAAGGACCAAUUGUAUCACAAGGGGGGCCACAGUCCCAAACUGCUACCAACCUGUUACAAACCUUGAAUCAAAGACCUCAACUAAAUAUGCAUUUGCAGUCGAAGCUUGGAGGGCCCAUGGGAAUGGUCCCCAAUCAAGGGCAAAUGGGUAGUAAUAUGGUUGGUGGGAUGGGCAUGAGUAAUUCUAUGUCACAGCAACAGAAUAUGGGAGCUGGAGGGAUGCAAUCAAUGAUGCCUAAUAUGUCCAUGUCCAAUAUGAUGCCAAUGUCUGGUGGAAAUAAUAUGGGUCAGAUGCAGUGUAAUCAAGUUGUUGGUGGCAUGAGUGGGCAAAUGGUUCAGAACACCAUGCAGGGCCAAAUGUCUAAUCAAAUGGGUGGAAUGGGUAAUAGCCAGAUGGUUAAUAUGAACAUGCUACAAAUGCAUGGGCGAGCGAGUGGCAAACCAGAUGUGAUGAUGGGCGGAGGAUACACAGCCCGUGGCCCGCCACCCAACCAGUUUCUACGUCAGAGUCCUUCCCCUUCAGCAUCUUCACCAAAUAUGGGUGGACCCAGUCCUGUCUCUAUGGGUGGAGGUGUUUUAACUGGAGCUCUAGCAUCUCCCAUGUCGACGUUAGGGGGCUGCGGCGGCGCCGCUGGUAGCCCUUCGCCCUCUGCUUCGCAUAUGGGUCUUCAGCAACGUGUAAAUAUGGGAAUGGUGGCGUCGCCAUCAUCAUCUCUUAAUACCCCAGUGGGAGCAAGCGUGGCAUCCCCAGGAGGUGAAGAGGCCGCUUAUAGGGAGAAAGUCCGCCAGCUAUCCAAGUAUAUAGAGCCGCUACGUCGCAUGGUUAUGAGGAUGGUUAACGAAGGAGAAAAUGUGGAAAAGUUGACAAAAAUGAAGAAUCUUCUGGAUAUCCUGUCAAACCCGAACAAGCGGAUGCCGUUGGAGACUCUUAUCAAGUGUGAGGUGGUGUUGGAGAAGUUGGACUUCAAACGCAGUGAGGGCGUCGGAUUGGGGCUGGGACUGCCGCCACCUGGAAAGGAGCAAAUCUUCAAUCCACUUCUAGAAGUAGUGAACAACUGUUUGUCCAGUCCGCUUGCAAAUCACACCCUCAAACGUACUUUUGGAUCUACGCUUGACGCGCUCAAUGGCCCUGAGAUCAAAAACUUACCGGCGCCACAGAAAAUUGCUAAAUACGUAGAGCCAGUAUCAGAAAUACCAGACGUAUUGCAAGGAGAGAUUGCGAGGCUGGACUCCAGAUUUAAAGUCUCAUUGGAUCCCCUACAAUUAAUGGGUGCCGAGGGGUGCAUAACACUGACAGCUCAGUUAGACGACGCCCGGUUGCCGUGUGUGGCCGCCGUACACGUGUCUGUCCCAAGGGAUUAUCCACAAUCGUCCCCGGCCAGACUUAGGCCCAAGGCCACUCGUCCCGACCAGCCUCAUCCCUUUUUGGCGAGAGUUGAACGCGCUAUGGACGCUCGGUGUGCCAAGUUACCAAAACGCUGUUCAGUCGGCGAAUUGUUAAACGCAUGGGAGAUGAGCGUACGACAAGCGUGCGCACCCGCCACAGUUAUGUACACGCCCGUACCAGCAUUAGGACUAUAAAUAUAUAAAAAUCCAAUAAGUUUAUAUAAAACGUAUAAACACAAUGAUCACAAUAUUGCUAAUUAAAUCUGAAAAUUGAUUUUAAUAUUAAUUAUCAAUUUUAUUAAAUUACGCUUAAGAUUUCGACUUGAGCAGCGCUCAAAUUGUCAGGAUUCAAAAGAUAAAAAAGCUAUAUGUUUUGUCUCGCUUCUUCAUCUCGGAAGUGAUAGAGACAAAAUAUUUGAGGACUACAAUUGGACUAUGAGGUAUUACGAAUACCACAGCGGAUUUUCCAGGCUGCUGCGAAGUUUUUGUCGCCUUUGUCUCUAUUUUUGUUUGUUUUUUUAGAGUAAAAACAAUCUCGUUGCGCGUAAUUGCACGUUUGAUUUUUGACUACAAUAUACACAAACCAUCCAGUUCUCAGGGACUGACAUACAAAGGUGGAUAGGGGUAAGAGGGAAUAGGGAAAUACAUUUUCUGCAACUGUGCGCCUUUAUCUCACACUUUGUAUAAGAGGCGCAGAGGUUGAUUUGUUGCGGUGUUGGAAAAAUUUGUUGCAUACAUCAGAAAACCGUUAUGCGGAAAUCUUUUUGUUUU